CACUGUCGCAUGUCAAUGAUCAUGGAUAUCUCAUAGUAUCAUGGACCCUUUAUCGAUAGCGACAGGAUGCGCCACUCUCAUUUCAACCAUUGGGUCCCUAUCACUGUCCAUCAACUCCUUUGUUCGCACUUGUCGCGAAGCCCGGGGUGAUCUUGACCGGGUGGCACGUGAGCUGCUCUCUCUACAAACAGUCCUUGAACUCAUCCAGGAAGAUGUGGCUGAUGAGAGCAAGACAUUUCCCACGACUCUCGAACAACAUGUCUCGGGUAUCGUAACCAAUUGCAACUCGGUGGUCGUAGAGCUACAAGAGUGUAUCACGAAAUAUGGCGGCGAUAACCGACUCAAAUCCAAGGCUGGUUGGGCCAUCAAUGGACAAGGAGAUGUCGCAAAACUGCGCUCAAAUCUUGAGGCUCAUAAGGCAGCAUUGGAGUUAGCUCUGGAUAUGAUAUCACUGCACGUUACCAAAGAGAUUAAAAACGACACAUCAGCGAUUCUUAAUGAGACGUCAGCGAUAAAAGAUGACACGGCGCAAAUUCUGGAAGAAAUACUUCGCCUUCAGCAACGAUUACCGAAGCAAGGAGGAAACGACUACAUCCUUCAGAACUUUCUUGAGGAGAUGACGACAUAUACUGAGAAGGCCAUGGAUGGCGCAUCUAUCGAUGGAGGAGAUUCUAGCACAAAAGCACCAUCUUUUGUUCUUGAGAAAGAGGAAGGGAGCGAUAAGCCUUCCGAUCCUGCUUAUCUUUCGGACUGGGAGCUGGAUUCUGCAGCGAGCGAUCCAGUGUCAUACAAGUUGAAGAAGAAGAGAUGGGAAGAGCAAAAGCGCGAGGAAAGGUUGGCUGAAACAAAGCUGAAAGACGUCCAACGUUCGCUCGAGUCUCCACAGCAGCACAUCCAACAGCCGAUCGCUUUCCACCAUUCAGGUCAUCGGCAACCUUCCGAGGAAGAUGAUGAGCUUGUAGUACCGCCCGAUGACGCUUACCUUGAGGAAUGGGAGAAGUCCUCAGUAGAGAGUGAAACAAAAUAUUGGGAGAAGAAGGAGAAAGAAUGGCAAGCUCACGUAAAUCAGGCAUAUUUGGGCGAAGUCGAGCGUUUAACGACUUCAGCCCAGUCUACAUCAUCACAGGACGAUGCACGAGGAGUCGCUGGAAUCCAUUAUCCAGACCAUGCAAGAGUUCAUGAGAGGCAGAUAUUUGAGGACCGAUCAACCGAAACCAGUCAAGCCGCCCAGGAACGACAGUUCAAACCGGGUCCUGCAAAAUAUGACAGUAAUGAAAGGUACUCUCACGACUACGAAAAUGACGAACCUGAGGUAACGAAAGGUGUCUCAACAAACGCAUCGAAGACAGACCGCCUUACCCUUUCCGGAUAUGACGUAUUGUCAGAAAUGCCAGACUUCAGCUACUUGGGGGUUGAGACUUUCCACGGCAAAUUAGUGAUCAACUGGCCCAUGCCAACAGCGGUCACAGAUCUCUUGUCUGAAGAUUACUAUAUCGAAUCCUCCUGCAAUAGCUUCACAGCUUUGACGUGUUCAGCACAAGAGUUACCCUCGCAGAAAGACACUCUACGACCGAAGCGAUAUCUAAAACCUAGAGACAUCAAAAUUGUCUUCUACAUUCCAGUGACGACGAUGACUACUUCUUCUGUUUUCAAACGCCAAUGGGAGUUUAUCACCACUGCAGUUGUUGGAUUGACGCAGCGUUUGGAGCUUGGCGACGAUGUCCCCCCUCCAUGGCAUAACAUUGUCAUUGUCGUUGAGGGACCUCCAAGAUGGGAUGGAAUUCACCCUGAGAUCGAGAUUAUUCUCACAGAGCUGGGUAUACUGUACAAGACAGACAACUUGGUUAGUAAAGUGGAUGGUGUCUUACUGGAUCCGCCUUAUCAUAAAGAUCAUUGCAAAGUCUUUGGCAAAAUGAUCUGUGGGACAAUACACGAGGUUCGUUGAUUGCUUCAGGAGGAACCACACUCUUCUUGUUCUAACGUCUUGAUAGUAUACAGUACAACCAACAAUCCGCCCCCAACACGCCUAUACCAAGAACAUCAUGGGUACUGAACCGCUCCAAGUAAUUGCAGUGGCUCCGCAAUGGUCUCAAACGGACUGGGCAUCUCAUAAACCAGCCCUUCCGUAUAACUGGGCAGCAGCUGUUUGUGGGGUAUUGAAACCCGAGUUCAUCAUGUCUUUACCAGAGCAUGAGAUAAGAGUGAUACCGUCACCUGGGGAGUUUCUCAAGGGCGUCUGGAUGUGUCAAACACGGUUCAGGACGUCGAAACACGAGCAAGUCAACCAAUGCGUCUUGACUUCUCCCGAUCAGUUCCAGGCAGAUCGUAAGAAGAUGAUCACGUGCUCAGAAGGAGCUCGAGGGUUUGCUAGAAGGCUCUUUGGAAAGUCUUAGUUAAGUAGUUGCUACGAAUAUACCAUUUGAAGUUAUUAAAAAUUCUGG